CCGGGACUCUUCCGCGUGGCGCGGCCCGGGGCGCAGGCGCCAGACUUUGGAGGCAUCGGCGGCCCCUCUUCGGCCUUUGGGCUCGGAGGCGUGAGAUCUGCUGGCAGGUUCUGAGCGGCUUCCUGGGUCCCAGAGGCUUCGGCUCCCACGCCAGGGCUCUUCUUUCCCCGCAGCCUUCCAGCAUGCAGCCCCAGGAGAGCAGCGUCCCGUACAGCAAGUGGGACCCCAGCAGCCAGGACGAGGUCAGCGUGGUGGCCGUGUCCAGCACAGAGGAGGCUUCGAGGUGGAAGAGGGUCUCCCAGAAGCUGUGCUCGGGCACAUGCGGCAUUGCCAUGAAGGUGCUGGGUGGAGUGGCCCUCUUCUGGGUCAUCUUCAUCCUGGGCUAUGUCACCGGCUACUACGUGCACAAGUGCAAGUGACCACUGCCCUGCACCCCCCCGGGACUGGCUCUGCACCUGGGGUAGGGGGCUCCGAGGGGCCCCCCUAGUACGAGCACCCCCUCCCACACCUGGACCCCCCCUACACAAGUCCUCCCCAAUACACCCCCCACCCCCCGACAGCUGUUGCAGGCCCACAUGUGGGCGCAGGUGGAGGACCCGCGCACACAUACCCAGCACAAGCAGCCAGCCACCAAGGGCGUAUGUGGGGUGGGGCCGAGCCGCCCAUGCCACCCCCGGCUCCGACCUCAAGGCGUGAGCCUGGCGGGCCCGGCUGUGCUGGGCCCGGGUGUCCAGGCAGCAAGCUGAACCAGCAGGGGCCUGCUGUGGGGUUCCCGGCAAAGGGUCUGCCCCGGCUGGCCCAGGUCUCUCGGCCUCAGCGCCUCUCUCCUAAGGGACCUGCCUCCCUCCAAUGGCCGUACUUGCGGGGAGGGAGUCCGUCCCGGCCAUCAGGACUAAUGGGCGGGAGCUGUGGGGAGGUGGGCAGAGGCACUGGUCCAGGAGAUGGGCCUGAGCAGGGCUGACGGACACACAGGCCAGGCCCACAACCCGGAGCCCCCCAGGGCCGCCACUGCCCCAGACAACACUCCCCCCACAAGGGCCUUCCCUGGGUGAAUACUGUGCCCCUCUGCUGUCUCUGACCCUUUCUGACUGCUGCUGGGCAAGGAUGGCCCUGAAGAGCUGUCACGCUGCCCACCCUCCCCGGGGCUGAGACCCCAACUUGGAGGUCAUUUCCCAGCUGUGGCAGGGAGCAGGGCCUUGACCCUAGUCCCAGGCCCACCACCAUGCCCUCCCCCAAGUAACUGCCGUGGCUCUCCCUGGACUGCCCACCUCACUGGGAGGCCCCAGCGGCUGCUCCACCUGUGCAUGAAGGCGGUCAUUAAAUGUCUGUUGAAGGAAG